AUGUCUUUGCACAAUGAUGAAGAGCGUAGUUUAGAAAUUAUAGACCUAAAUAAAAACCCCGACGGCCAGGUAAGGUUGCUUCAGUGAUAUGAAAAAAAGAUUGGAUUCAGAAAAUUCGUCCGAUUUCAACUUUCGUGAGAGCUCCUCCGUCCAGGCCAAUCACACCUAUUGACCUCGAAAAAUCAGGAAUAAUAGCGAGCAAGGUUUUGGUUCAAAUAGAUCAAAAGUGGAGACAAAAAAGAAUUUUCAAUCGAGGAUUUUUCUGAAUAAUUUUUUUAGGUUAAUCUAGGAACUGCCACAACUUAUUUUUUCCAAGACAGCGAUCCAAAAAAAUGUUCGACAAUCUCUUUUCGGCCAACUGCUGCUGAGCGGGGAAUCGAUAUCGAAAGUGUGAGUUGUUUUGUGGCGUUUGCAAAAAUACCAAAAAUUUGUCACUGAGAUCAUGUCAUACUUUUCAAAUCUCCAUUAUUUUUUAAAAAUUGAAUUGAUGAACAAUUUUAUUCCUGUGCUGAAAAAGCUUAAAUUUUUUGAAGCGACAAACUAAUGAGAAUAUGCUAUUUUUCUCCUUUAAUUCAAAUUUUUUUUUCAAUUCCAAAGCUCAUAUAAAUUUUUAAGAAAGCCCCUUUUUAAAUUUCAGAGUAAAGGGUAUCUGUCGAAGGAGCGUGAAACAUCUGGCCUAACUUUGCGCCCGAGCAUUUCCGAGCGAGGACUUCCUAGUUUGAAUGACACGUUCAAAGUUAAUUUUUCAAAAAAAAACAGGAAAAAACUGUCUUGAAAAACUUCAUAUCUAAUUCAAAUGCUUUUGUUUCAAAAAUAUUUCCUAUCCAGCCAUGUUUUUUCCUGAAGGUAAUGAAAAAAGAAACUCUCAUGGAAAAGGCUCAUAUUUACUUGAAAACUUCAGCUUUUCGCUAGAGCUCCCUUUUGAAGAUGGCUUGAGAAUUAUUAGCAGUCAAAGUAGAACCACUUCAUUGGUUAUUAAUACAUAAUCCCUUUUGAAGGAAAGACGUCCUUCCAGUGCAAACUUCGACGACGAGUUGAAGGUUUUCUUUUUCGUGUCGUGAACUAUUUACCUGACGCUUUUUCCAGCAAACCGUUGAUAACCGUCGAGUGGAGUUGGAAAAAGAAGAGCAGAACGCUUCGAAAAAGAUCGUCAUCAGAAAGGGUCUAGUUCUUUUUGUUCUUCUUCAACUACUUGAACUUUUUGUUGCGAAAGGACUUCAAGAAAAAUAAAUCUGGAAGCAAAAUUUUCAUAAUUUUGGUCUCCUCCUCUCACUUUUGAUCAAUUUGAAAAUGUGACUUGGACUCUUCGUUUGAAAAUUGAUAGAAAAUAUCUACAUGUGAACUGCAAAACAGAAAAUUAUCGGAAAAACACAUUGACGCUUUGAAUUUUUCUCAUUUUCAGACGGAAAACUAUUGCGGUUUUUUCAGCAGAACCUCCUCAACCUUAUCAAAAAGUUCAUCACUACGACGGGAAACCAGCGCAGCCGCCUAGCUUUUUCUUCAUGGACGUAAUGAACGUUCAAUAAUUUUUUUUAGUGACUUCAGUUCAGGACCUGAAAAAUCAGUUUCGUGAUGGCGACAUCGAUCGGAUCGUCAAAGAAAAGAAAACGACAACGGUGACCGAAACUCGCGAAACAAUUUACUUCAAUCAGCGCUUAUCCUCGACUAUCGCUAUUUCUUCGCACAUGGUGGCUUCGAGUGAUUUUGAAGCUGUGAUGUGUAAAAUUGUCUUUAGAUUACCAAAAAGUAUACAAAACUUAUUUUAAAAUCAAAAAUCGUUCUCUUUUUCCACUUGAAAAUCUGAAUUUGCUUGAUGCAUGCUUCUGGCUCAGAAAAUUUACGGGAAAUUCUGCAGCCCGAAAACUUACGGCUUCAGUUUCUUUUUGAUUCGAAAAUUUCGUAUUCCGCUCGCAAUACUUGGAAACUCACGAUUUUCUUCUAUAUUUCGAAAAAAAAACAAGUUCGAAUUUUUUUUCAUUGAAAAUUUUGAAGAGCCAGGUAAUAUUUCGAGCUCUGAGAAAUUGUAAAUGAUAGUUUCAACACUUCAGUCAACUUAGUGCUUUAUGUUUUGUGUGUGAAGGAUGCACAUAAUCUCUAAAGAUGGAGACUCAUCUUUAAAUUUUUUCAACUGCUCAUGCGAUUUUUAAUGAUGAAAUUGAAAAAAAUCAUCCAGUAUUUCAUCCUUUAAAUUUGUGAAAAAUGAUCUAAAGAACUUCCAAUAAUUAAAUUUUCCAGUUAACCCCAACAGGAGCGCCGAAAAGGAUGUCCAUUACAAGCUCAUCUGUGAAUAUGUAACUUUUUCGAAAAGUCAUUGUCUCGAAUUUUUCCAGACCGCCAUUACUUGACCGACCUUAUCGGAACGCCAUUCCUGAGAACAAGUAAAUAAAAUAAAUUUUCCUUUAUCAGAUAGAAUUUCAGGACUGCUGCACAAGAACCCAUUUCCAGUGAAAUAUCAAAGGUUUUUUUCAAACUGUUCUUUGUUAAAGUUUUUUCAAGAUCUCUGAAGAACAAAAAAUGAAAUCUUCGAUGAAAAAACCAUCUGUAAGUGUCUAAAUUUUGCCAAUUUUUAUAAUUUCCAAAAAUCUUCAUCUUUGCCAGAUUUCUCCACAGCCUCGCAAGUUGAUAACGGCACAACCAACCCCUAGGUUUCAAUGAAACGACUAACUUUUCCGUGAAGUACUCCUUGGCACAAUUCAUUUCAAAUUUUCGCGGUAGGAAGAAAAAUUAUCUGCUCAGCGCCAAAACGUACCCUGGCAAAACUUUAUCGAAAAAAAAGUUUUUCUUGAGAUAUAACAAGAGAAAACCUGGCCAUCUUUUAUCUCUUCCGAGUUAUCUCAUCGGACUGCCUACCCAGUUUAUCGCGCCUUGCAUGGUUUUUCCCUUUCAUUGUGCACUUUUUUUCCGUGAUGAAACGUUUUGUGCAUUCGUAAUUUUUUCUUUUCUGAUAGAUAGCUCUUUUGAAUAAAGUUUCAAGUGAAGUAUUUUUGGUGAUAUUUUAUCUGACGGAUCCUGAUUCCAGAUUAACAAAAGUUCUUCCAAUUUACAUUUGAGCCGCGUUUCAGCCCUUUAGGGCCAAAAAUCAAAAGUACAUCACUUGAAAAAGCAGAAAUUAGGAGCCUUGCCCUUUUUUAAAGCUCGAACGAGUUUUAACGACUUACCAUGAACUUACCACUGUGUUAGUUUUUUCCGCAAUCAACUCAUGUAAAACGAAAUUUAUGUUUUCGCACUACUGCCUAUGUUUUGUCACCUUUUCAUUUUUUUCUCAACUACUAUAAAUCAAAACUGCAGAUUACUGAAAGCGGAGGACCUGGCGGCCAUGCAACUGCGGCGCAAAGAGUUCACAUCGACGGCGCCGGUCCAUCCACUCGACGAUGCAGCUGA